ACUUGUUCAAUAAUCUCAUUACACCUAUCGAAUGGCGUCCCUCUGUAAACAGUCAUUAAUACGAAUUCACAGGGGGUGUGAUGAUUGAAUGUAAGAGCAUACGACGACUGUCCUCGCUGAGAUUUUAAUAGUCGGUGGAUAAACCACGACCUCCCGGCUCAACUGAACUGACGUUGUCUAUGCCGCGACGUUGAAAUCCGAGAAGGCUUGAUAAAAGUGUCUCGUUAUCGACGCACAGUGACUGGGUGUCAUUAAAACUGACGAGAGCAGUGAAGAACAAGGAUUUGGAUCAGGCAGGUUGACAUUCGGACGCAUUCGGAGUUUAUAUUGGGACUUCGCAUUCGGAGUUUAUGUUUGGACUUUUCAAUUGGAGUUAAUAUUUGAACUUUUCAUUCGGAGUUUAUAUUUGGACUUUUCAUUCGGAGUUUAUAUUCGGACUUUUCAUUCGGAGCUUUUAUUCGGUCUUCGCAUCGGAAUUUAUAUUUGGACUUUUCAUUCGGAGUUUAUAUUUGGACUUCACGUUCGAACUAGCAUUCAGACUUUUCACCGGAACCGUGUUGAAUCGCUCAGUCUGUGGAUAUUUGGUAUAAAAGUCAUUAUACUUGUUGUUUGCGUGGACUGCUUGGGUUAAGAGGUUUGAAGUUUAAAAGACAUGAGAAUCCAGUGACCACACUCAGCCAACAUGACCAGUGUGACCCUCCUGACCCUCCUCCUCCUGCCCUUACACACGGUGGUCAGUCAGAACUGGUAUGGGCACGACUACUGGAACAACAGGCACGGCACCGAGGGCAUCGCCUAUGCAAAUGAAAGGUUCUACCUGUGGUCCGACCAACCAAAUGUUCAGGAUAAUUACUUUAAAGACACUAACUUCUACACCGAGAAGAAAUGUGCUGGUGGUUGCUCGUGUGGGAAGGAGCUGGUUGGCUGCAGUGGCAGUGUAGUGGAGGUGAAGGGUCAAAACGUAGAAAGAUUGACAGAGAAAUCCUUCACGGCAGGCGUACAGGAAGUGCAUCUUAUCGACAUGCCGAAUCUAGUAGAAGUGGAAAACAUAACAUUCUACAAGGCAACAAACCUGAAGAUAUUACAAAUAUAUGGAACCGGCAUCAGAUUAGUUCCUGAUAUCAGCAAGACAUCCAUGCAAGAACUGUAUUUGGUAAACAACAAGAUCAGAUUUUUCCCUCACAAUUACACAAAACAGAUUUUGCCGUCUUCGCUGCUGAAAGUAUCACUUAUAGGUAACGAGAUUGAAUGGUUCCCGGACGAAUUUGUAAGAAACAGUAAUAUCGAGGUGUUAGCUCUCAGUAGGAACAAGAUUCGUCAGUUCCCUGGAAGUGGCUUGGCACAAAUGGCAAACCUGUGGUUCCUAUCUAUGAAUGAAAAUGAACUGGAAGUCGUCUCAAGAGAACACCUCACGAAUCUAAAGAACUCGCCGUUAAAACAUUUGAACCUGAGCAACAACGCUAUAUGGUAUAUAGAACCCGGAGCCCUGUCAAUCCUUACUAGCCUCCAGAUUCUAGAACUGCAUGCUAAUUCCUUUUCUGAGAUUCCCGAGGGAACCUUCAACAAUGUGCCGGAAUUAGUGCAUCUUGACUUAGUGAAGAACAAGAUCGAGGUGUUGACAGCACGGAGCAUCACAAAUCUUCCAAAGAUUGUCACUAUACGUCUCCACAGUCAGGACCCGUCCUUGAACAACAUACAGUACAACGCCUUUAGCAACAUCCACGGCACUCUAGAAAACCUUUGGAUUAGUGAUAACGCGUUGACAACGUUUCCUCACCCGGCGUUAUCGGCAGAUACCUAUAAAUCGAUUGAACAAAUUUAUGCUGACCACAACUUGAUAAAAACUCCCACAGAGUACAGCCCUGAUGACUUCCCCAAGAGUAUGCGCAAUACAGCUCUGCUACGGGCGGCUUCAUUCAUCCCCUUCCAAACUCUUUCAAACCUGCAGUUGCUGCACCUGGGAACUAACGCAGUCGACUUCAUCCAAGCUAGCUACUUCUGUAACGCUAAAAACCUUGUGUACCUUUACGUGAACAACAACGGCCUGAAAGACAGCAGCAUCCCCGAAGAUGCCUUCUCCUGCAUGGGUCAGCUUGUGGAGCUAUAUCUUCAUCACAACUGGUUGACCUACGUCCCCAAAGCCGUGACCAGUGACAUAAUGACCAGUCUCACCAUUCUGAAGCUAUCGAACAAUAACAUCACUCACGUGCAAGCUGGAACCUUCACCAAGCUGACGGCGUUGCGGUUGCUAUAUCUUGAAAAUAACAACAUAGUUGUUAUAGAAAACGACUCCUUUUCAAACAGCAUACAGACACUCGUCCUACAGUCUAACAACUUCCGGUUUACCAACGAGAACCCGUUCGCCUAUCUGACCAACAUGGCGCAGUUACUCCUGGGCUACAACAGCAUCGUGGACAUCCCCGACACCGCCUUCAGGGGCUGCACCGCCCUCACUACGCUGGACCUUCAUUACAAUCGGCUGGAGAGGAUUCAGAAAGGACUUCUGACCGACUGCCCACUGACCGUUCGACUCUUGCUCAAUCACAACAACAUCAGAUACGUAGAGGACGGCGCCCUCAGCCACAUCACCGACAGUGUACUCAUACAUCUUCAUAAUAAUCGGUUGACUGAUCUUCCUAACGGCGGAGACUUCAAUAACCUGGUAGUGAACGAGCUCUCACUUCAUCACAAUCGCAUCACUGAGGUCCGCCCUGGGACCUUUACAAAUUUGACGUGCAAUGUUAAACUAGAUUUGUCCGAGAACCAGAUUGCGCUUCUUGGGCCCAAUGCCUUUGUGAACAUCAAGGGAACGCCGGACAUGACCCUGAACAACAACCCUCUCUGGGUCAUCGAACCCUACGCCUUCAGAGAUGUGAAGUUACAGGACCUGUUUCUUCAGUAUAUCAACAUUGAUCAUCUAAAGACUGCAACAUUCGAGAAUAUUGAAACUCGGUAUUUGUAUUUAACGGAAAAUACAAUAGAUUAUGUUGAAGAAGGAAUAUUCGCAGGAAACAACGUUCUCGAAUAUUUCGUCAUGUUCAGCGUACAGCUGAAAGCCAUCUACGGAAAGAUGUUUUCAGGCGCGUCACAAGUCAACAGCGCGUUUGACCUUCGUAAUAACAACCUCCAAAUAGUACCGCCUGAUCUUGUAGAAAACGUUGCAGUUGGUUUGGUGAGCCUUGGUUAUAACAAACUCACAAACUUCCCUCGGGACAUUUUCUUGGAGAAUAAAAUGACAUAUAUGGACAUCUCCUAUAACCUGAUAUCUGCUUUGCCCGAUGAUGCCUUCGACGGCCUGACCAACAUGUACGACAUCAACUUGAAAGGCAACCAGUUGACGGAAAUCAAGAACGGGUCCUUCGCUUCUCUCAUUAAUACAAAUAAAUUAGACCUCAGCGAUAAUGAUAUCGUUACUUGGCCGAAAGGAUUGAUGGACCCAAUGCUGAAUCUCAAGACACUGGACCUCUCCAAGAACCUGCUGUACCACUUCCCUGGUGCCAGGAAUGGUUCCGUUCUUUCGUCAAUAAUCUUGUCCGAUAACCUCCUCACAUCUAUUGAAGUCGGCGCUUUUGAUUACCUCAACAAAACAAUAGUUAAUAUAGACUUAACCAACAACGCCUUUGAGUGUACUUGUGAUCUGUAUCGAACCCUGGCCGAGGUCCACACUGUCGUAAAGGGAGGUAACUGCUCAGAGCCCAACGUGACAGUUGGAAUCCAGCUUGGCAUAGCUUUUGAAAAGGACAAAGAUUUUUUCAUGAAAGCGGACAAAGAAAAGUACAUAUGUGCACCGACCAACGUCCGUGGAACGGCGGACGGUAACAACCUGAACGUCACAUGGACGAGACCGCUAUUCCAGAACUCAGAGAUGGAGAAGGAUGAGAAGCCAAUAAGCAAUGAUACUGUCGUCUCCUACACUGCAACCUGCACUGGUUCUAAAGGCGACAUACUGACGUCGAAUAUUAACGCAACAAGUGUAAUCUUGACAGCGAAGGCGGACUCGGAGUAUGUGUGUGCCGUCACUGCCGCCGUCGACGGCAUUAUCAGCGGCUACAGCGAGCCGGCUCUCUUCCACACUUCGGCUACUCCAGUUACGCCCGGGAAUAACACGGUUGUCGAUGUUGGCCUAGGACUGCCGAUAUCGUACUUUGACUUCAGUGCUAUACACCCCGACUUUGCGGGGUUGUCGGAAGGGAUCAUCGCCGAGCCUAGAUACAUCUCGAGUCCCUACGGGGGCUGGCUUGCCCAGUCUAACAACCCCACUGCAGAUUCCUUCUCCGACUGGUUCCAACGAAAAGACGGAGUGAAUAUAGAACUGAACGGAACUAUAAUCUUGGAGAAUCUCUCCAACUCGCCACCGCUUUACAGGUACAGCGCAGGAUCCUUCUACCCUGUCGAUGACUUCGGGUAUGGGAACGAACAGAAGGACUGCGGAGGAACAACCCACAACUUUGGGUUCACGUCAGUCAUCCGGAUGGGGAUUGUAUACCAAGGCACAGAGACCAUCACGAUAGGCGGCGGGGACGACAUGUGGCUCUACGUCAACGGCAAGAUGGUCCUCUACGUGUCCACGCGUGGCACCACCUCAAUCAUCUGUAAGAAGAUCGACCUCUCCACAGCUGCCCAAAAAGGUGGCGCCACUAUCACGCCCACAGAGGGCACUGUAUCAGGAGGUGUUUGUGGUUCCAGCACGCCCGCCACAGCCGAAGCAGUGCAUCUAGAUUUGGAGGUUGGAGAAAGGUACCACUUUGCAGUGUUCCACGCCGAGAGACUGUUGUGUAAUUCCGGCUACUUCUUGGAACUGUCGGGCGUCCAGUUCAUCACCGCCGUCGGUGACGACCCGCCUGUAGACUACACCGUCACCAUCGACGAAGACUUCCACAAUGACGGCAUCCUCCAGACUCUCAUACUCAGCGACUCCUUCUCUGUUGGGCCGCCGUUCAGGGUUUCAAUACUUCAUGGUAACGAGGCCCGUCAUUUCUCAAUCAAGUCCGACACAGUGGCCAAUCAGGCUGCGGGUGUUCUUCCAACGGCGGCGGUCUUGACCUAUACAACGAUUGCCAACAUGUCAUUUGUCGAAUGUCCAACCGCUUCCUCCAUUCCGGCUGACACAAGCGACACCAGUGUGGAGACGUUUGACGUGACGACUGCCACGGCACUGUUCACGCUAGCUAAGCCAGUAGACUUCGAACUCAUCGACCUGUACACUGUAGCGUUGGAGGUUGUAGAUUAUAACAAGUCCCCCGAACAAACGGGAACAAUAGGAAUUAAAAUCCAUGUCCAAGACGUGAACGACAACUGCCCAGAGCUUGACCAGAGUACAUUCGCCAUCUGGGCCAAUCCUGCUCUCCAAGACAUCGCCAUUGUCGACCUUAAUGCCUCCGACAUAGACGCCGGGAACAACUCCGUCCUCAGAUACUACCGAUCAGAUGUAACGGCAACUCCUCCAGUGUCAUUCAACGAGACUGAAGAUCUUCACAAGUCUGUUUACACGAAGAAUACAACCCUGAGUUUUGAGGUCUUCGUCGUUGACGAGGGCGUACCCCGGCGCGGCGCUAAAGGCACUGUCACAAUGGUGCUUGACAACUCCUGUCUGGUGUCUGUGGAAUAUGAACCUAUCGCCUUUGAUUUCCCUCUCGACGAAAUAACAGGAGAAGUUACGUUUGUGGUGCCUGGGUAUUACCAUUAUGAGUUUGAAUGCAUGCGAGUUGCUGGGGUUGAGAAGGCGUUUAUUCGGGAUGAGUUUCUCACUGCUUCAUCCUCUCAGCCAGACAGUGGACCAGAGAGGGCUCGACUCAACAUGACAUCACUUACAGCGGAGCUUGGUGGGUUGAGUGGGGGAUGGGUGGCAGCCGUUGAUGACGCCAGUCAGUGGAUACAGACGGAGCUGGAAGAACUCUAUGUGUUCCGUGUCAUACAGAUUCAGGGCCGUGAAGAUGAGGUCAACUACGUCACUACCUUCUCCGUCUUCGUCAGUGACGACGGCAUCACCUUCAGUAAAUAUACCGACGGGAACGGCCUUGAUGUGUUCAAUGGGGCGGUGGACCAGGCCACUGUGGUGGAUGUGACCCUGGAGCCCCCUGCCCGUGGGAAAUACAUCCGCAUUAACCCCCAGACAUGGGUGGGGCACGUCAGUCUCAGGUUCGAGCUGAUUGGCUGUUCACAGCGGGAGGAGUUGCAUUAUCAGACAUCUUGUGAGCGAUGCCAGACCACGUGGUACUGCCCGGGGAAUGGGCACAUGCUGCCAUGUGGACGCUGUGACCCCCCAAUGUCCAACUCCACCUGUGGCCGCUCCCCCACGGAGCACAGUUUUGGUCUGGCGUCCGAGUGCGUGUCAUGCCCACUGGGUUGGAUCUGCAAGGGCGGCUAUGCUGAGCCGUGCGAGGAGUUUCACUACGUGACCUACUGCAAUGACUCCUAUUGUCCGGCCACGUGCACCCAGUGUGAGUCCGGGUAUGCUUGUCGGGGUGGCCAGAGGUACUACUGCGAGGUUGGCACGCAGUCAGAUGGAAACAAAGAGUUCUGCGAGCUGUGCCGACCAGGUACCUUCCAGGAUCAGUCAGGGCAGUCCUCCUGCAAACCCUGCCCAACAGGAUUCCGUAGCACCACAAUGAAGGACCGUUGUGCGCCUUGCAACCCCAGGUCUUGGUCCAAGGGAGACGGGUCUGACUGCGAGGCAUGUACUGACAGCACUCAGUGUCCAUGCACUGGCAGCACGGGACUUUGUUUCCAUGGAGUCACUUGCAGGAAUGCCCAGAACGCUGACGGGAGUUACGGCCACGUGUGUGAUGCCUGUCCGCCUGGCUAUAACGGUGACGGUGUCAGCUGUACUGAUAUUGAUGAGUGUGUUGAACACUCUCCUUGUUGGAAUACGUCAUCGUGCAAGAACACAGAGCCAGGCUACCAGUGCCGGAGGUGUCCCACAGGCUUCACGGGGUCGUUCGAGGACGCCCUGGCCUGGAACGUGACCCGCCGGAACUUCAUCGACUGCAACCAGAAGCACGACCCUUCUCCAAUCCAGCACUGUGAGGAUACAGAUGAAUGCCUCACCAACAAUGGAGGAUGUGACCUCAAUGGCUAUUGUCAUAACACCGUGGGCAGUUUCUACUGUGGUCUCUGUAAAGAUGGGUACAUCGGCAGCGCCAAGUACGGUUGUGAGCUUGCGGACUUCUGUCUGUCGGGCAAACAUGAAUGUAACGUCAACGCUACUUGUGUCUACUCCGGCCCCGGGGACUACAGCUGCCUGUGUAACAAUGGACUUGCCGGUAAUGGCUUCACCUGCGGUCCCGACCCAGACCAGGAUGGCUACCCGGCAGAAGGCAUUUCCUGUAAUGGGGAGGAGUUUGGAAACUGUAAACAGGACAACUGCCAGGACAUCCCCAACAGCGGACAGGAGGACAAUGACGGCGACACCAUGGGAGACUCCUGUGACACCGAUGACGACAACGACACCGUCUUUGAUCUAGAUGACAACUGCCCGAUGGUGUUCAACAACAAACAGGAGGACGCCGACAACGACAGCAUUGGCGAUGCAUGUGACAACUGCCCUAACGAUGUCAACGCUGACCAGGUCGACACCGAUGGAGACGGUCAGGGUGACACUUGUCAAGUGGACUCUGACGCUGAUGGCCGAUCUGACGCCAUUGACAACUGCCCCUAUGUCGCUAACCCAAGUCAGACUGACGCUGACAGCGACGGAAAUGGAGACGACUGUGACAACUGCCCGACUGUAGCAAACAGCGGACAAGAAGAUUUGAACCAGAAUGGAAUCGGGGAUGCAUGUGAAAAUGGAGACAGGGAUGGCGACUCAAUCCAGGACAACAAGGACAACUGCCCAGACAUGCCCAACUCCGAACAGAAAGAUACAGAUGGUGAUGGGACAGGUGACUACUGUGACGAUGACUCUGACAACGAUGGCAUUGCCGACUCUGUGGACAACUGCAUGUACGUGCCCAACGUAGACCAGGACGAUCUGGAUGGUAACCAUCGCGGUGAUGCGUGUGAGAAAGACAUGGACCAGGAUGGGACGAUGGACAGGGUGGACAACUGCAUGGAGAACAAGUUCAUCAACUUCACAUCCUUCCUGGGCUACACCACAGUGGAGUUCUACCCAGGUUGGUCAACUGAGGCCGCCCCUGACUGGAGAGUGCUAGAUCAAGGGAGAGAAGUCAGGCAGGAGGCCACGACGCGGAGACCUAUUGCUCUGAUAGGGCCCCAAGCGCUAGAUCACAUGGACUUUUACGCCACGACAUUUCUGGAGGACAAAGUCUGUGAAGGUUUCAUCGGCUUCAUCUUCGGCUUCCAGUCGGCUCGCAAGUUCUACCUCAUCACCUGGAGACAAACGUUCAAGAACUUUGACUACCAUGGGGGAAUGAAAGGACUGCAGAUAAGGUUGGUGGAUGCUGGCUUUGAUGUCGGAGAAGCACUGGCUAACGCUCUUUACCACGGCGAUGACGUCACCGAUGCUACACGCAUCAUCUGGCACGACCCUGCACUCCGUGGCUGGGAAUGCAACAUGGCCUACAGAUGGCACAUAGUACACAGGCCGUCUAUAGGACUAAUCAGUGUUGAAAUCAAGCAGGAGGAUAACGUUGUAGUCGACUCCGGCCCCGUCUACGACUCCACCAUCCUCGGCGGCAGACUGGGUGUGUUUGUGUUUGAUCAGAAAGCCCCGAUCUGGUCUAGACUGGAAUAUCAGUGUAAGAACAGAAUGAACUAUGCACUGUCCCUGGAUGGGGUGGAUGACUAUGUUCAAGUGGGUCGCCUCGAGGACCUCGGCAUGGAGAAGAGUUUCACCAUGGAAGCACUGGUCAAGCUACCCACUGGCUACGAUGCUACCAAACACCCGAUCCUGUGCACCAACAACAGCGUGCUGUGCCUGUAUGUGGAGGGCAACGUCCUGCGGGGUCAGGUGAUAGACACAGUCAUCACAGGAGCCACGACCAUCCCCGCCAAUACGUGGACCCAUGUCGCUCUCAAGUACAAUGCUCAGUUGAGAGAGCUGGAUCUGAUUGUGAAUGGACCCAAAACGACCACCGACGCCCACCUCACAUCGGUAGAACCAGGCCUUGUGUGGGAUGGGAAUACAACCCUGUACGUUGGCUAUGACGGCUCUACCUUUCUGCAGGGAGAGGUGGACGAGAUACGGAUAUACAACAUCCAGAUGGUGGAACUUACUGCCAGCACCGAGGCCAGACAUGUACACGAGGAGCCGUUCCGCUACCUGCUCGGUGCUCACUACAACAUGGAGGAGGCAACCAACACAUCAACUAUUCUCAAGGACAAGGGGUACCGAGGCCAAGAUGCUGUCUUGAUAGGACAACCUGGCAUUGUUGCUAGUACGUCCGACCAGAAAGUGUUUGAUCUGACCUACAACUGAACACCGGGGAGACUUCACGACCUCCCUCUCCUCAUCACCUUCCCAUCAGCAGCCAGUGAUUACUCAAUAGGAAAUGUCAUAUCUUGCUGAAUAAUCAAUGAAAGGAUCCCUAAGGGCAUGUCCACAGAUCUUUGUUUAGUUGUAGCGAGAACUAAGAUCUGAUUUUAAUGAGAUUGCGAGAAACUUUUCAGAUACACAAGAACUGAUUAAUUAGACAAAUAUGUUUGACCCGAAGUUUGCAAGACUAAAAAAUACUAUCAGAAAAAUGCUUCAUUGAUUAUUUCCAGACAUUAGUGGAAACUGAUGCAGGUAGCCACUUUCAUGUUUAAUGUAUCUGAAAUAAGUCUGGUGUCUGUGACAUCCUGGAUUAUCCAGCAUACAUGUAUCUCUUUUUUUGAGUGAGCGAGUGAGUUUGAUUUAACGCUGCUUUUAGCAAUAUUCCAGCAAUAUCACGGCGGGGGACACCAGAAAUGGGCUUCACACAAUGUACCCAUGUCGGGAAUCGAACCCGGGUCUUCGGCGUAGCCUUGUGGUUAAAGCAUUCACGUGUAAUGCCGAAGGCCCGGUUUUGCACAUGUAUUCUACAGGGCUAUAGCAGAGUGUCAAUGAUAUGUGGUUGAGAGUAUUAAGCAUUUUAUUCCUAUUACUUGGUUUACCAAUCCGUAGAAAAAAUAAUAUGGUCUUAAGGUCUUUUUAUUAUUUCAGAUCCUGAUAAUCACACUUCUCAAUAAAACAUCACACAUUAUUUUUGGCCUGACUCAGUGAUCCGGUUAGCUCAAAUACUAUUCACAGCUUCACCAAACAUUGUGUGACUUGUGCCCUUGUGAAUGCUUAAUUAAUUCUUUACCAUUCCUAUAUACAUUUUGCUAAAAUACCAAAGGGAUAGGAGAGAAUUUGAAAUUUCAUUUAUUUGUUUAUAAAUAACAAACCCUGUACUACCAAACCUACUUUCUUACAAAAGCAAAAGAUAUUUGAAGAGUGUCAUUUUUUGUUUGUUUUAACUUCCAAUAUUCAGAAAUAAAUAUGUUAACCAACUAACAAAAAACAAGGAAGGCUUCACAUUCCUCAUGUCAUUCCCAGAUAUUGGGAUUGCAAACGUAUACUAGCAACCCCAAGGCUUGACUUCUGGUUAAAUACUUUUUUAAUUGCGUACAUUAAAGAUUUGGUUAUUUGCAUAUCAAGUUUGUUUCAAUCACAGAUCUGAAACUUUGUUCAUAAAACUGUUAAUUUGUUCUAGUUGUUUGGCAAUUCUCAAAACACCAUGUACUUUGUUUUUGAAAACUAGUCAAUAAGGCUGACAUAUUAUGAGUAUGAUAAUAUAAUUUAAUUUGUAUAAAGUAGUAUAACAUUGUGAGAGGCACACACGGUUAAACAUAAGAGUGAUCACAGCAGUGUUGGACAAUCCCUUGAGUAUGAACACACCCACAUGCUGGCCAUGUGAAGAGAUAAACUUGAACGUUCAUUUUUCUCACCUUUCAUGACAAAAUUGAGUAAACAUAUUUUCAAUUGUACAUACAAUUUUAAUUAAAACAUUCAAAAUGCGUGUUAUUGUAUUACAUGUUAAAAGGAUUAAUGUGUUUAUAUUCAAAAUCACGUUGGGAAAUGAAGUGCUCUUAAAAUUCUUCACCUAACGCAGGGCCUGGACAAUUGGGCGAGCGUAGAUGAUUUUAGGUGCGCUUCUAUCAACAGUUUCGCCACCUACUCAGUCAUACUAUAUUAUUGAAGGUUUUGUUUCUUCAUACAGUGAAAAGUCGUGGACUCACUGGUUUUGGAAGCAUAAAAAUAUAUCAGUUCAUUAGUGUCUUAGGACAAGCAAGGUGCUGAUGACUAAAUCAAAAUUCAUAACUGUAAUUUUCAAACGUCAUGCAGAUUUCUCAACAAACCUUGCCAAUUUGAUAGGCAGGACUCAGAAGUUGACGGAUGACAAAGUAGACUCAAUUCAUGGAUAACUUCUUACUUUUACCGUAAUGGGGACAUUUCAGUAUAGAUCCUUAUACCAUUGUCAAAGUUUCUAAAAGGUCUCUUUGUGAAAACUCUUGACUCGCAUUCUCUUGGGAAGUUACAGGCAUGGAAAUUAGGGGCUCACAGUUACCACUUUGCCCAAAACAAAUAUUUAUAUGGACAAUAAAGAUAAGAUAAUGUUCAUGCUGCCAAGGCAAAAUUGAAUGAGUUUUGAAGAUUUAAAUGGCCAUAUCUUUCUCUCCUAGUUCAAAUUAUUUGCUUUAAUUCACAGAUUUGGUAUGCAUAUAUGUUGCAAUAUUUUGCACCUGGUCAAUCCCCAAACAGUAUUCCUAAUAUCCUGCUGAUUGUGUUUGGUCACACACAGCUAUUCAUUAAUACCCCUACCUUCUUUAUGGUGAGGUGUAAUCAAGGAUUCUGUCAUUAUGUAAGUUUCUUUAACCUUUUGCAUGGUGAACUGCAUAUGAAAGUUUCUUCCAAAUGCAAUGCCGCUGCUUACCGGUAGUUGACAAUGCAUAUAACAUGUCUACUACACAUUCAACCACUCUGAAACUCCUCUUUUCAAUGUUUGAUAGUCAAUUAAAACAGCAUUACAUUUAUGACAUGAAAUGACGACAGUUGUUAAAAACAACUAUGAUGAAUAUUAUAUUAUUUUACCUCUUGUUUAAUAAUCAUGUUGAUACAAUGCAUCCUGUAAAUAAGUUUUUUGUAUUAAAUAUUUCUAUGUCUA